AUGGCGUAUUUAGAGACCGCCCAAGAAUGGCUCACUCAAUCUUCACUUCUACUUAAAGCGCAUCCUAGCAGCGUACGUAUCCCUCUUCUCUCCCUCCUCUUCCUCUUCUCUCCCUCCCCUUCCUCUUCUCUCCCUCCCCUUCCCCUCUCCCUCUCCCCCUCCCCAAAUCCACCCCAACUAACUUCCACUUCCCCCCCACAGACACGCAUAACAACCAAAUACACAAUCCUACACCCCUCAACCUCCCCCCACGCCCCCUCAACCACCCACUCCACACGCAGCAAACCACGCCUCCCCCUCCCCAAAUCCGCACGUACCCCCGAAUCCAGCGAAAAACACCCCGAACCUCCUCGCGCAACACUGACACUCACAACUUUCCACCCAGCUUCGGGAGUUAAUUUGAAAUAUGCGACGAAUAAGGUGGCGGAAGUAAGUAGAUUGGUGCAGAUUAUGGGGAAGCUGGGGAAGUUGAUGGCGGGGUUGGGGGAGGAGAAUGAGAAGGAGGGGUUGGGGGAAAUUAUUAUGGGGGAGAGUAAUGUUGGGGAGGGGGUUGGGUUACAGGUUGAGGGGGAGGAGGAGAGGAAGAAAGGAGAGGAGGAGAAGAAGAAGAUUGAGUCAAAGGGACAGGGACAGGUGCAGGGAGCAGGAGGAAAGGGCAAGAAGAAGAAGGGGAAGAAAUGA